AAGUACAACUACUAGCAGGCACCAGCAUUAUCAUCCUCUCCAUCAAUGAUCAAUGCACCUCAACAAACUUUACACAUUAUUCUCUUCCCUUUAUCACGUACAGAUUUUUAUUUUCUAGUAAACUGAAAUGUUCAUCUUUUGUUUUCUUUAUAUAUAAGAUGUGUUUCUAAAUUUCUCAUAGACACACUCAGACCAAUUACUCAGUCUCUUUUAGUUUUGUCUAACUUUUUCUAAAUAAAAAUGGGUAUCGUCCGAGAGAACCGGGUCGAAGUCAAGUCAAUGCUAACUGCGGUAUCCAGCAAGCCAUCUAGAUCUGCUCGGGUACACCCGUUUACCACUUUAGACAACGCCAUGAGUCGACACACUCUCCACGUCAUCGUUUACUACCCUCGUAGUCCAUUCGGGUCCUUUGACCUCGACUCCGUCCGGAUCUCGUUGUCUGAGCUCCUCUCUAUGUACCCGCCCGUUGUUGGUCGGGUCGCUAAAACCCCGGACGGGAUCUUGGAGGUGAAGCGUAACGACGCCGGACUUCGAACCUUGAAAGCCAAAGUCUGUGUUGGUAUUGAUGAAUGGCUAAGAUCAGCCGAUGGACAUGAUGAAAGUGAUUUAACGGCUUGGGAAGAUAUGCCAGAAGAUCCGAGUACUUGGGCACCGUUUCGUCUACAGAUAAACGAAUUUGAAGGGGGAGGAGUAGCAAUAGGCCUAAGCUGCCCACACAGGCAAGCAGACGCAACAACACUUACUGUUCUGCUAAAAUCAUGGACAGAAGCCCAACGCCGUCGAUGUAUCGUCCAUCCUCCAUCCUUCUCACCACUACCCUCCAUCUUAACUGAUGAUACUGACGCCGUUAAACCCAACAGUGCCCCCAUUUCUAAGCCCAUUUCAACAAAAACAGCCACCGCAACGUUUCGUUUCUCUAGCUCCGCCUUCAAGAAAUAUAUCGAAGAAGAGGGUAUAUUCCCCAAAGCCUCACCGUUCGAUGUGUUUGCCGCUCUUUUCUGGACACGUGUCGCUCUAGUCAAGCGCAAGAGCCAUGAUCGAGUGUGUCUGUGUGUGGACUUCAGGAGGCUUUUGCCUAAUCCACUUCCUUAUGGUUUCUUCGGAAACGCGUUAAACUUUUCGUCUCUAGAGAUGACUAACGUUGCUGAUCAAGGGAUUGGACAUGUUGCACGUUUGAUAAACGACCACGUGACGAACCUAACCGUGGAGAAAAUCCGGUCCGAUCUUAACCGGGUUGGGGAACAAGGGCUUGUAUACGGUGGAGAUUUAACGAUUGUGAAUAUGGAGCAUAUGAUCGUUGAAGGAGACCCGAUGAUGUACGACGCUGUGUUUGAGGACGGUGUUAGGCCUGUGCAUGUGAGUUACCGGAUCGGAAACGUUGGUGGAGAAGGGGUGAUUAUGGUGAUGCCGUCCCCGGAGAAAGGGUUUGGGAGGGUGGUAUCGGUUACUUUACCGGAGGAGGAGAUGUCGAAGUUACUUGUGGAUCAAGAAAUCCUUCGAUUUGAGCCCAAGAUUAUUCUAAGUGGUGUGAAGUAAUUUAUAAGAAGGCUCUUUGAAAAAAGGAAAUAUAUUACGUAUAUCAGAAUAUUGUUCUUAUCAAAUGUGAUGUAGUACUUUUACUUCAAUUAAAUUAUCAAUUCACAAUUUGCAUUAA